GGCGUGUUUACCCGGAAAUUUGAUUGUUAGACAAACGGAUUAUUUUGCUUCUGACUUGGUACAAGAAGAAGAAAUUUCAUCUGUAAAAUUUUCUUUUUCAUGCUAAAAAGGUAUACCGUAGGGUACUGACUUUGAAAACGAAAUAAGGUGCAGAAAUGGACGGAGACGGCGACGGAGCUGUCCGUGUGCUAUCAGCUCAAGAGUCGCGGGAACAGAAGCUGAAGGAGUAUUUGGCUGCAAAGGGGAAGCUGAAGCCUCCGAACCCGAAACCCUACCUGAGGGACAAUAUGGUCAGACCCAAGCAGCCCGUUGACCCCAAAGCAGGGACAGUUCCAGCCCGGAAGCAAAAAGAGAACCAGCCUCCACCAUUUAGACCCAAAGGCACAGAGAAUAAGCCGCCGUCCACAGCUGCAGGAACCAGAGCCCCCACUAAGCCCGUCCCCUACCCAGACAAGACAGCACAGAAGAAAUCCACUUGCAACAAUACCAUUGCUAAGACUGCCAGGCCUGUCAAGACCAAUUCAACACAGAGCACCACUCGCAGUAAGCCUGGCCUGGAUAGUGCUGUAGCAAAGACCUCCCAGUGCAAAUCUAUGACUCGGGCGCCUAUACCCAAGACCGCUCUUAAUAAACCCAACAUUCAAAGUGCAAAACCUGCGACUGUUCCAAAGAGCACUGUGCUCCACUCUGCUUCUGCUAAGGCAUCUUCCAGAAUGAGUGCCAGUCAAGCUCCAGUUCAGCUUGCCACCAAUUCAGGUCCUGCUAAGGCAGCUCGUCGGGAACUCGCCCAGAGGAAGCCCCAGGUCCCUAGUGCCAGAGGGGCCCACAGCUCCCGGGUGGGCAUCAGGAUCUCGGCUCCAGGGGCCUCUCAGGGGCCUGCUAGCGUGCAGACUGGCAGCACGGGGGAGACCCAGCUGGAGGAGCUGCAGCGCCGGCACUCUGCAUUGAAGAGAGCUCUGGGGCGGGCUGCGUCUGUAGGGGGCAGAGAGCCUGGGCUCUCUGGAGCGGGCAGCAGCGAUGCCCACAGCAAGGCUAAGGGCAGCAGUCCCCUAAAAACCCUUGCCGCGAGACGGGAGAAGCCGCGUGCUGUGCCGGCAGAAAGCCGGAGGAGCCAGAAAAGCAGUGGCGCCACCGAGGUACAGCAGCCAGGUGUGUGUGGAGCAGCUGUGGGUAAUUCCUGGCGGACGGGGGCGAAGGCUGCAGGGGUGGGGCAGCAGGGCAUCAGGGGUGGGGCAGCAGCUCCUGGGAGGCGCCACACGUUCGUGGUAAGAGAGCCUGUAGGCAGAGGGCAGCUCCCACACCGCUGUGCUAGCAGCUUCUCGAGCAGGAACACUGCGCCCGCCCAGGUGCCCACCAAGUCUGCCCAACAGGGCCAGGACCCAGGGCCCAAAAGACAGGAGCCAGCAAGAAACGCCACCAUCAGAGCUGGCACCAGCCGAACCGCUGCGGAACAGGGCUCGACGGAGUUAACCAAGGCGCAGGAGGAAAGGAUGCGGAGGCUGCAGGAGUGGCGCGAGGCCAAGGGCAUCGCGUACAAGAGGCCGCCCAUGCCGACGCCGCGGAGGUCGGUGAAGAAGCCGGCUGCUUCCCGGCAGUCCUUCUGGAGCGCCAUGGAGGAGGAGGACCGCCUGGGGAGGCUGGCCGCGGAGCGCAUCGACGACUGCCUGAGGCUGCUCCGGGAGGGCCGUGAGUCCCGGGAGGUCCUGGCGGUGCUGUCCCAGGUGCCCUCGGUGGAGAAGUUCGCCAUGUACUGGGUCUGCCGGGCCCGGCUCAUGGAGCGCGACGGCGACUGUGAGGUGCUGGCGCUCUUCGAGGAGGCGGUGCGGGUGGUGCAGGAGCCCAUUGAAGAACUUCGGACCAUAGUCUUUGAGAUCCUGAAGAAGAAGAAAACCAUAACCGAGACAGACAAGGAGGGGGACCAGAGUGAAAGCAACAUUCCUGGGGUGCCAAGAAAUGACCCCGUAACCCCCAAAAUUGUUGGAGCGAAGAUCCGAGGGGCCAAAAAUGGUUCAUCUGUCGUCAAGUACAAGAUCACGGCCACACCAGGGGGACGGCAGCAGCAGCAGCAGCGGGACCCGGUCCAGCUGGACGGCCAGGAGCUGCGGUUCUUCACGCCCGUGCGGCGUUCCCUGCGCAUCGAGAGAGCCGCCCCCCGAUACCCCGCCGCGCUGCAGGAGCGCGAUCCCUGCGUGGCCUCCCUGCAGGAGCUGCUGGCGGAGGAAGAGGGGUCCGGGCCGCCCCUGUACGUCUACCGCGAGAACGAGGCCCUGAAUGACCAGAUCCACAUCGAGCUCCUUGAGUCCUAACAGCUCACCAGGAAACCAGGCAAGUAUGUGCCCUCGGCAGGAUGCCAGUUUACCGCAAGGCACAGGGACAUACAGGGGGAAAACUGGGAAUGCAGUUCACCUGGACAUCGUGUUUUGGAGGAAGACGGAAAACUGGCAUGGCCACAGGAGACCAUGCAUACUCCAUACAGAAGGUACUCUGGACUCGAGCUGUGGCACAGCACCACUAACUACCACCCUGUCAGUCAAAUGCAAGAUGAUUUUCGUUCUUCAGAUAUCUGUAACAAACCAAUAAAAAAACAACAAAUGCUAACUUGGGUUUUAAGCUCCUAUGCUAACAUUAUAUAAGUUUAUAGUACACUAUUUAAAAUAGGUUUAUUGUCAAGAUCAAUAUAAUAAUAUUAUGUGAAAGUCGUGCUCUGACUUUAUGCAUAGUGAGUCUCUAUUUUGAAUGAUUCACAAACAGUAUUGCUUCUGCUGCUGCUUGUCAUUUCUAUUGUGGUGGCUCCCGGCUUGCAAAUGGCAAAAGAUCUCUUACUCAAACUGUUCAUCGCUUGCAGCCUCUGCAAUGGGGCAGGUUUAGGGUGUGCAGGAGUACAGCUUGUUUACAUACAAAUUGGCAGGACAUCUGACGGGGUGCUCUACACCUGGCAUUCGCACACAAAGAGCAUACGUGUUUGGUGGCUGUUAGGGUGGAGGCAAAUUUGUGAUAUGGGUCAAGUUUACAAAAACAUAGAUUACACAUUACUGGUCCAUCUUAACUAUGACCCUUAUGACCAUGUGCUCCAGGAAACUCGGGUCAGAGCGAAGAGGCCCGCACUGUGGACCAAAGAAAGGUCGGCUAGGAGUUUUUUUUUUGUAAAUUGUAAAUUACUGUUCUAUUAUUAUUGUAGAUUGUUAAAAAUGAG